UACUAUGGUAUAAAAUAACAAAGUUGGUCCCAUUGCUUUGUUUGCCUUGAAAGCAAUUUUAUUACAACUAAUAUCUUUUACACACAACUAUAGCUUGUGUGUAAAAGGAAACAGUUUCCACUAGUUGCAGCUUGACAGCGAGGCAGAGCUCCAGGUCAGGGAGGUUGAAUGAGUGUUCAGUGUGUGAGGGUUUUCCAUUGGAAAGGCUUACUAUGGCAGCAUUUCUUCCCAUCUCUCUGCUGAUAUUUUCAGCUUCUGGAUUCUUUGUCUUUGUUUGUGGCCACUUGACAGAUUUCACAUUACUGGUCAAACCUACUGUGGUUUCAGGUGUAGAUGUUGCCACAGAGAUUAUUUUUUCUGCAGGGACUUCCAAUGCAUCAGAGGUUCCCACCACAAAAUUCACAACCAGCUACAGAAAGUCAACAGCUGAAACCACCACAGAGAGCCCGACUGGGAAGGAAGGUCAGAAACCAGUGAGGAAAGUCCUGAAAACGGAAAAAGAAGAUGAUGAAGGUCCUCUGGAAUUAGCAAAGAGAUCCACAAGAAGCCUUACGGUAGCAAAGAAGCUCAAAAAUGUCCUGAAGAAACCAAAAGUCAUUCCUAAGAAGCCAAAGGUCACUAAAACACCAAAACCAGAGAUCAAAAAGGUCAAACAUCAACAGUCAGCUGCCACAAAAACUGCCUCACAAUGUCCUCCUCUGGGUCUGGAGUCACUGAGGGUGAAAGACGCUCAGCUGAGGGCUUCAUCCUACAAGCGACAAGGCCUGGGACCUCACCGCGGCCGACUCAACAUCCAGGUACAUGUCACAUCAUCUGCCUGCAGAUUCAACCCUGCUGUACAUUUUACUGCUGUUCUUCUGCUGCAGUCUGGAAUAGACGAUGGGGAUAUCUACGACGGGGCCUGGUGCGCUCGGUACAAAGACAAGAACCAAUGGCUGGAAGUUGAUGCCCAGAAGCUGACCCGUUUCACCGGGGCCAUCCUGCAGGGGCGCAACUCCAUCUGGAGUUGGGACAUGGUCCAAACGUACAAGGUUCAGUUCAGUAACGACACGCUGCUCUGGAAGCCCUGCAUGAACGGGAGCAAAGAGGCUAUAUUUGAAGGAAACCAAGACAUAGAAACUCCAGUCCUCUCCCUGUUCGACAGUCCCGCAGUGGCACGCUACAUUCGGAUCAACCCUCAGACGUGGUAUCAGAACGGGACAGAGGGAGACAUCUGCCUCAGGGCAGAAGUGCUGGGGUGCACACUUCCUGAUCCCAGUAAUGUCUAUGCAUGGCAGACAGAACCAACAGAGUCCAGAGACAAACUGGACUUCAAGCACCACAACUAUAAGGAGAUGAGAAAGUUGAUGAAGUCUGUGCAUGAUGAAUGCCCCAACAUCACCCGUAUUUACAGCAUCGGGAAAAGCUACAAGGAUCUGAAGCUUUACGUCAUGGAGAUCUCAGACAAUCCUGGGAAACAUGAACUGGGAGAACCAGAGUUUCGGUACGUUGCAGGGAUGCAUGGGAACGAGGUGCUGGGUCGGGAGCUUCUGCUCAACCUGAUGCAGUACAUGUGCCAAGAGUACAAACGAGGAAACCAGCGGAUCGUCCAUCUGGUCAAAGAGACUCGCAUCCACCUUUUGCCCUCUAUGAACCCAGACGGAUACGAGAUGGCCUUUAAGAAGGGCUCCGAGCUGGCCGGCUGGGCUCUGGGACGGUACAGCUACGAAGGCAUCGACAUGAACCACAACUUUGCUGAUCUCAACUCAGUGAUGUGGACCGCCAUCGAGCUGGAGACAGACCAGUCCAAACUCAUCAACCACUAUUUCCCCAUCCCUGAACAAUACACCUCUGAGGAGGCUUUUGUUGCACCUGAAACUCGAGCUGUGAUCAGCUGGAUGCAGAACAUCCCGUUUGCUCUGGGUGCAAACCUCCAUGGAGGAGAGCUGGUCGUCACCUACCCGUACGACAUGACCCGGGACUGGGCGCCGCGCGAACACACACCCACCCCUGAUGAGAGCUUCUUCCGCUGGCUGGCUGCAGCGUAUGCCAGCACAAAUCAGGUGAUGUCCAACCCAGACCGAAGGCCGUGCCACAACAAGGACUUCCUCAGAUACAACAACAUCAUCAAUGGGGCCGACUGGCACAACGUACCUGGAAGUAUGAAUGAUUUCAGCUACCUGCACACCAACUGCUUCGAGGUGACAGUGGAGUUGUCCUGCGAUAAGUUUCCUCACGCCAGCGAACUUCCCAUCGAGUGGGAGAACAACAGAGAGUCUCUGCUGGUUUACAUGGAGCAGAUCCAUCGUGGGAUUAAGGGUGUGAUCCGGGACAAAGACACCGGGGUGGGAAUAGCAGACGCCAUCAUCAAAGUCGAGGACAUCGAUCAUCACAUCAGAUCAGUGGCUGAUGGCGACUACUGGCGCCUGCUGAAUCCAGGCGAGUACCGCCUGACGGUCAGCGCUGAAGGCUACUUCCCUUCCUCCCGUACAUGUUACGUCAUGUACGACCACUUCCCCACAAUCUGCGACUUCAACCUCACCAAGAUACCCAGACGGAGAGCAAAGGACAUUCUGGCAAAGGGGGGGAAACUUCCCAAGGACCUGCAGCUGAGGCUGCGGCAGCUACGAAUGAGGAAACUCCGCGUCUCCACCAAGGCCAUCAACCAGCGGCGUGCUGCGGCCAAACGAGCAAAACGGGUCUGAGAGCAAAGCAGGGCUUGGUUCAGAGACACCAAAACUCACUGGAUUUAGCAUUAGAUUUAAUUUAUCAGGGCAGAGCAGGUGGGCAACAAUCAACUUUUUUUGAAUGAUCUGCUGUGGAGCAGCACUAUAACUAUAACUCUAGGAAUGGAGAUAAAUCGCUGAUAUUUGUUUUAUUUAUGUAAAAAAAGGAACUCGAUUCAGUAUCAGAAGAUGUUAAAUGAAUCUUUAUUAUACAACUGAAAUUGUACAUUACAGUUUAAAAAAAAAC